UCUAAGUUACAUGCAAAAUGGCUUCCAGCGCAGUCCAAGAAAAACUCAUGCAAUAUGGAGCAAACAACACGAAUAUUCAUGAAAAUAAAAACUGUAGCAGUAACGACGACGAUACUUACAGCGGUACAAAAGAUGGAAAUUAUGGUUGGGCUGAUGCCAUGGCGAGGAUUUCGAUCAAAGGAAUACCAGAAGACAAGCCAGUAGUAUUGAGCAAAUACAAGAAAAUUGAAACAGAAAGGACGCAAAAGCAGGAGGAAAUAUUAAGACAAAAGUUCAUCACCCGAGAAAAACAUGAAGCAAGAGAGAAGAAUCACGUGAAACCAGCACCUAGUAAUGAUGAGAAAGAAAGAAACUUAAAGAGAAUUGCUACUAAAGGAGUUGCAAAGUUAUUUAAUGCUGUCAACAAACACCAGGAGGAUCUUAAUGUGAAACUUAAAUCAGCCCCAACUGAAGCAAAGAAGGUUAAAGGCAAAGUCAUCAUUAAAUGGCAAAGGCAUCAUCAAACAGAACCAGCAGUUAAAGGAAUGGCUACUCCGCAAACAAUUAGACCCAUUUUGAGUCAGUGUGAACCUAAAGGAAUGGCUACUCCGCAAACAAUUAGACACAUUUUGAGUCAGUGUGAACCUAAAGGAAUGGCUACUCCGCAAACAAUUAGACACAUUUUGAGUCAUUGCGGACAUAAAGUCCACUUGUUUUAUAUUCUAGUUGUUUUGAUGAAGAGGUGGAUAGAUUUCUUGAAGAUUUUUUUCAAGUGGUCGUUGCUAGUUUCUUUGAAUAAAAUGUUUUAGUCAAUAAAAUUUAUUUAAGAAUA